AUGGCUGCAGCUAGAGAGUUUAUCAUAUGUUGCCUCUUAUCACUUCUUUUGUGCACUUCUUUCAUGCGAGUCGUGUCUAGUGCUGCGGACGUCAGCAGAGGAGGAUGUGGCGGCGGCGAUGGAAGUCUCCGGGACGAUAAUGAGCGGUGUUUGGAGGAGGUCAAAGAUGACGAUGAUGAUGACGUGGAUAAUGUUUACAAAGUGAUUAACAAGAUGAGGAUAUAUGCUUGAUCAUGCAUGGUUCAUCGGUUCAUUAUAUAGUCAUACUUUUCUUUGUUUAAAUUUUAUUUUCUCUUGCAUGCAAAUCAAUUUCCCUCGAUUGAUUCGCUGUUCAACCAGAUUGAUCGGCAGAUAAGGAACAAGAUCUUGAGUUUCCGAUCCACAAACCCGAAGAGAGUUUCAGAGAUGAUGCAACAAUGGCUCCGAUGAUCGACUAAAGACAACGAUCGCUUCACCUCUGCGCUUCACCUCUCCGUAACUUCUCCUCUUCAUCACAAAAAACCACUUCCUUCCUCUCCUUUCCUCUCAGCUGGACUUUUCAAGGAUAAUUGGGUUAUUACUAUAUGAGUUACUGGACUUGCUCUUAAACUAGAGCCAUUGGGCUUUUGUAAAAUCUUUUUAAUUUGCAUUUUAUA